CAUACAACCAUACAUACCUUCCACUGCCCUGGGCUCAGGUGGCCCACGGUCGACAUGUCGAAGGCAUUGAGCAGGAUUUGCUUUUUCUGAUGUCCGUUUUGCGGCUCCACGCUGGAGGUUUCCUGCCCCGCCUCACCAUUGCUCGAGCUUCGCAGCCGCUUCGCGACCGACGGUGUUGUCUCUUCCGCACGGUUUCUCUUUCCACGAGGCAUGGCAAACGAAAGAAAGACUGACUCAAUGGUAUUUUUUAGAUGGCAUGGUAAUUAGAGAGUGGGCAGCUUCAUAAUAUUCACGUUCGUCGGUCAAUGGCAAACCGGCACGGCGUCGCUCGCACGCCAUCAGGCUUUCAAUGACAACAUACGCGAGCACAAUCCUUCUCGUCCAGCUCCAAACGACCCCGCGAACAUUACUCCCAACAUGCGCUACAGUUCCAUGUCACGCCAUGUUAUCCCCCGCCCAUCCUCAUCCCCACUCUCAUAUAUUUCUUAUCUCUCUCCACAGAUACACGAGGCACCGAUCGGCCGGCCCUGAACGUUUUCUUCCCAUCUACCUGAUUAGUUGUGGUGGUCAUGCCCCACGCCGCACGUUGUGCUGGUGGGGUCUCGGAUGGCGAGCUAUCCACGAGGAAUCACGUACGACCAAGGAACAGGGAAUCAUCUGGACCCAUCAUCGGCAAUUGAGAGCUGUUUAUGCCCGUCCCUGCAUGGUUGGGAAAGAUGGGAAAUCAUCCUUGGAUGCCGGCAGCUCACUUUUUUUUCCCACCCCACUCUCGAGACACGCCUACUUUGGUACCUUUCUCAUAUAAAUUAUUGAUGCAAUCACAUCGAAUUUCCACGUUGUCAAAUAUAUACCCAAGCUGAAACUAUUGGCCUUUUGAACUGGAGGCAUCUGGCUUGAAAGUCAGCUAAUUACACCAUGGCCUCAGAUUUGGGAGACGACGAUUUGACGAAGGCAAAGAUUCCAGGGUUGGCCUCCGUUGUGACGCUCGGCAGCUCGCAGAGCGAUGCAGCAGCGGAUCCCAGAGCGUUCCUCGCCUCCUUCAGUGCCGAGGAAGAUAAAGCCAUCAGGCGAAAAGUUGACCGGAGAUUCCUCUGGCUCAUUGGGCUUAUGUACAUUAUCAAAAAUAUUGACUAUCAAAAUGCUGCCAAUGUCAAGGUUCUGCAAGUGGGACAGCCUUCAAAUGUCUUAAUCGAGCUCGGCAUGACAGCUGAUCAGUACAACUGGGUUCAAUCAAUAUAUUUUAUCAGUUAUAUCAUCUUUGAAGUUCCAAGCAACCUCUUGCUCAAGAAAGUGUCGCCGCGGAACUGGCAGUUCCGCAUCUUCCUAUCAUGGGGGAUUGUCCUGGCCUGCCAUGCAGCCGUGAAGAAUAAGGAGGGCAUGUAUGCUGCCCGGUUUUUCCUCGGCAUGAUGGAAGCCGGAAUGUUUCCUGGUAUCGCAGCCCAGUUGUGCAGCUGGUACCGAAGCGAUGAGAUGGGCAAGCCUAUCAUGUGGAUGUUUGGUUUCCAGAACUGCUCGGGGAUCGUCGGUGCCGUUCUUGCAUAUGGUAUCUCUUAUAUGGAUGGGCUAGGCGGCCUAAGCGCUUGGAAGUGGGUGUACCUCUUGGAGGGCAUCGCCACCAUCUUGUUCUCUUUCGUCGUGUACUUCGUGUUGCCAGACUACCCUAAGUCACAGCGUUCCAAUUCGUGGCUUACACCGAGAGAGCAAGAUUAUCUAGAAACGAGACUGUCAGAAAACGCACCAAAGACUAACGACGCAGAAUUCGACAAAAGCGAAAUCUUUGCUUCACUGCGAAACCCUCGGACAUACUCUUUCAUGCUCUCGCAGAUUCUCCUUAACUUCGGGGGGUACGGUUUGAGUUGGCAGCUACCGACCGUGACCACCAACCUUGGGUUUGCGGGACUUCCUAAGAACCAGCUUCUCAAUAUACCCCCAGCCGCUGCCUCCGUGCUUGCAAUCAUAUUCUCUGGGUGGUUUCUUAGCCGCGCCUACCUUACUCGCCCCGCAUACAUCAUGUGGAUUUGUGGAGGUGCUCUUACAUUCUUCAUCAUUCUUGCAGCCACAAAGAACAAGUAUGCGGUGUAUAUGGCAUGCGUGCUAGGAACAAUGUUUUACUCGGCAUAUUUUAUACCUUUUUGGAGUUGGCGUUCUUCUACGCUAGCGGGCACCACUGGCACGGCUUUUACACUCGCAUUUCAAUCCUCCGUGGGGCAAGUUGGCGGUGUCAUAGGCCCCCAACUGUUCCAAUCGCGGUAUGCCUACAAUGGUUAUAAAGUACCAUUCGCCAUCUGUGCAACAGCCAUUGGUCUUGGCUGGGUCGCCAAUGUUUGGACAUGGUGGCUGACAAGGAACGUCGAGUUCGACCUUAAGAGAAUCAGAAGGCUUAGAAUAAAGGCUGAAAAAAGCGGGAGGGUGUUUGCUGAGGAUGAUGUCAAGGUGUUUGAGGAGCGGGAGUUCUAUGGGAAGGGCCUGAUCAAAAAAACUGAUCAGUUGGACGUAGUAUAAAAUAGUAUGCAGA